AUGCCGAACCCGCGAGUGUUUUUCGAUAUGGAAAUCGGAGGGCGUCCGGCCGGACGCAUCGAGAUGGAGCUGUUCGCGGACACGGUGCCAAAAACUGCAGAAAAUUUUCGGGCUUUGUGCACUGGCGAGAAGGGCAAAGGACGCUCGGGCAAGCCUUUGCACUACAAGCGUAGCACGUUUCACCGCGUGAUUCCAGACUUCAUGUGCCAGGGAGGUGACUUCACGAAAGGGAACGGUACUGGUGGAGAGUCGAUUUACGGAGAGAAGUUUCGUGAUGAGAACUUCAAGCACAAGCACACAGGACCUGGAAUUCUGUCCAUGGCAAAUGCAGGGCCUAACACCAACGGAUCGCAGUUCUUUUUGUGCACGACAGAUACGCCACACCUGAAUGGCAAACACGUGGUCUUCGGCAAGGUGGUUGAGGGCAUGGACGUUGUGCGGCUGAUUGAGAAAGAGGGGACCAGUUCUGGCAAGACUCGGCGACCGGUUGUGAUUGAGGAUUGCGGAGAGCUGGGAGGUGGCGGCGCUCGCGACCGAGAACGCAGUCCGCGGCGAUGA